AUGGAGGCGCUGUGGAAGUGCCACUUCAAGGCCGGCCCGGAGCUGGACCGCCUCUCGGCCCGGGUGCUGACUUUCCUGUCGGACGUGGAGCUGAGAAGGGGCAGCGGCAAUGCGCAGUCUCUCCGGCUUGCCUGGUUCGACCUUUGCCUGGCCUGCUGCUCGGUUUCGGAGAAGCUGGCCAUUGCGAAUCGCUUCGACAAGGUGCUCGAGGACUCCUCCAACUCCGACAGCACGCCAGGCUUCGCAAGCCAGCGACGUCGAGUGUCCCCGUCCCGUCCCGCUGCAGACGACCCGGAGCCAGAUGUACUCGAGGAGCGCGAAUCCAUUGACCCGCUGCCGAGGGUGCUGCUCAAAGGGCUGCAGGUGCUGCGGAAGCCCCACGUGCCCGGCAUCCAGCACAAGACUGAGCCGAAGAUGAUCUUCUCCGCCGAGCCGGUGCGGAGUCUGGCUGGCAGAGGGUGCUGGUUCGAGAUGCGAAUCGACUCCCUGGCGGGGGGCGAGAUGAGCCCCAUGGGCAUCGGCUUCACCGGCACCGACCCCGAGACGCUGAAGGGCGAGGCGGCCCCAGCGCUGCCGGGCUGCGCAGGCCGCAUCCCCAAAUCCUACGUAUGUGGAUAUGCCCGAUCCCUCUACUGGAACGGAGAGAAGAGGGAGGCGGCCUCCAUCUUCAGCCGCCUCGCGCCGGCGAGGACCUUCACCAUCGGCGCCCUCGCGAAUGUGAUGGGCGGCCUGGAGAUCUUCAUCAAUCGCCGGCUGGUCCUCUCCUACGCACCCGAGGACCUCCUGGAGCGCAUCGACCUGGAGCAGCCCAUCUGGGCCGUGGUCGAUGCCUCCGCAGGCCUCAAGAAGGCCGUCCUGGUGCCGGAUAGUGUGCCGCCGUCUCCGGAAGAGGCCAAUGCCCCUGAGGGGCAGGACCAGGAACCGCCUCAAGAGGAUGAGGAGGACGCUGAGGCGGCCGAAUGA